GGUUCAUUGCCCACCAGCGUCCUGCCCGCCCCAGCAUUCUCCGCGGCACAGAGAAGCUGAGUGCCCCGGGGAGCCCGGCUACCAUGCCAUCUCCUCUCCCUCUCCUGCCUCUUCUUCCUUACCUUGUAGGAGGCAGGACCCCCCAGAAGCCGAUCCUGGUGGAGGUAGAAGAGGGAAGCAACAUUUUGCUGCCAUGCCUCCGGACCCCCACGGUCUCUUCUGAGAAGCUGGCCUGGUAUCGAGGGAAUCAGUCAACCCCCUUCUUGGAGCUGACCCUAGGGUCCCCAGGCCUGGGCCUGCAGGUGGGGCCCCUGGGAAUCUUGCUAGUCAUUAUCAACGUCUCGGACCAUAUGGGGGGCUUCUACCUGUGCCAUAAGCCCCCUUUCAAGAAGGAUACCUGGCAGCCUGCCUGGACAGUGAACCUGGAGGACAGUGGGGAGCUGUUCCGCUGGAACGCUUCGGAUAUAAGGGACAUGGACUGUGGCCUGGAGAACAGGUCUUCAGGGAGCCACAGGCCCGCUUCUGGUUCCCAAAACAUUUCCUGGCUGUAUGUGUGGGCUAAAGACCAGCUGAGGCCGUGAGGACGGUCUGUUGUCCCACGGAGGGUCAGUCUGAAUCAGAGUCUCAUCAACCAAGGUAAGGGGACAGUCCCUGGCUCCACACUUUGGCUGUCCUGUGGGGCCCCUGUCCCAGUGGACAGAGGCUCCAUCUCCUGGACCCAUGUGCAUCCUUGGAGGCCUAAUGUUUCAUUACCGAGCCUAAGCCUAGGGGAGACACCCAGUCGAGAGAUGUGGGUUUGGGGGCGUGUUCUGUCACUGCCUCAAGCCACAGCUUUAGAUGGUACCUAUUAUUGUCUCCAUGGAAACCUGACCAUCGAGAUGCAUGUGAAGGUCAUUGCAAGCAGUGUGCUCUGGCUGCUGAGGACUGGUGGAUGGAUCCCAGUUGUGACUAUAGUCUAUCUCAUCUUCUGUAUGGUUUCUCUGGUGGCUUUUGUCUAUUUUCGAAGAGCCCUUAUCUGAGAGGAAAAGAAGCGAAUGAUGGACCCGGCCAGGAGAUUCUUCAAAGUGACCCCUCCCCAGGAAACGGGCCCAAAUCAGUAUGGGAACGUGCUCUCCCCUUCCGACACUACCUCCGCGCUCACACGAACACCCCCCCCCCCCCUCCCACCCCCCCCUACCGCCGCCCAGCUGGAAGAAGAAGGGAGGCCUAAUGAAGAGCCAGACAGUGAGGAGGGUUCCGAGUUCUAUGAGAACGACUCCAACCUUGGACAGGACCAUUUCUCAGAUGGUAGUGGUUAUGAGAGAACCUGACGAUGAGCCCACGGGUCCAGGGAGGAAGACUCCUUCUCUAACGCCGAGUCUUAUGAAAACGCCGACGAGGAGCUGGCCCAACCUGCUGGCAGGACAAUGGACUUCCUGAGCCCCCAUGGAUCUGCCUGGGACCAGCCAAGAAGCAUCCUCCAGGGUCAGUCCUAUGAGGAUAUGAGAGGGAUACUGUAUGCAGCUCAGCUCCGAUCGAUUCAGUCUGGCCCCAGCCACGAGGAAGGUGGGUGCUUCUGCCCGCUUCUUAGUUGUCCUCUGGACCACUCCCUCCUGUCUCCUUCCCAUCCUGUGGAUACUUUCCUUUUUCCUGGUCUUAUCUAGA